AGUUUCAGCCUGGAUGGCCCCGUUCAUCUGUCUGUAAAAUUCUGAUCCUGGAGCAGCCGAGCUCCAUCCGGAACGUCUGCUUAGCUCGUGCUGCGGAGCACCGUUCCCGCUUCCGCUGGCUGGGCGGUGCGCCUUGGGCAUGCUGUGUCCGGCGCGGUGUGGUGGAUCGGGAAUAAUGAAUGCACCACGCAGCGUUGGAGAGGCUCACCGCCUUGCACCCCGCCACUAUAUAAGAGCGCCAUGCAGGAGGGGGGGCCGCAAAGGCAGCCCGGGGCGCCUGACGAUCCUGUGCAACGCCAGCACUGCGCUCAGCUCUCCUCCAGCACUGCGCUCAGCUCUCCUCCAGCACUGCGCUUAGAAGCCCACAGCUCUCAACAUGACAGGCAUCCAUUCCACAGUCGCACUGGUCCUGCUGGUCGUUGUUCAAAGCGGCCGGCAAGUGCUCCCACAGGAGACAGAAGACAGCUCCAGUUUCCUGACAGAAAACGUCAUUUUAGAGGAACCCAGGGACUUCUCACACAUGAAGAGGCACUCUCAAGGAACCUUCACCAACGACUACAGCAAAUACCUGGAGACGAGACGGGCACAAGACUUCAUCCAGUGGCUGAUGAACUCAAAGAGGAGUAGCAGCGGGGGUCUGGUAGGACGUCAUGCAGACGGCACCUACACCAGCGACUUCAGCUCCUACCUGCAGAACCAAGCUGGCAAGCAGUUCGUCUCUUGGCUGAAGAUGGGGCGAGGGGGGCGACAGUAGAGCCUCAUGCUCGAUAUCAACAGGAGAGAGGAAGGAAUGGGUGAAGGCAAAGUCAAUCAUCUGGCACAUAAUUAUUCUGUAUUAUACAGUUUUCUAUGAUCUGCACUGUGACUUCACUGGCAGUGUGGUAAAUAAAUCCCCUGAAA